UGAUACAUGUAAGAUACCAAAGAAUUUAACCGCUUGAGCGUUCCAUUGGGUUUUGCUGUGACGUCACAAGGAUGCGACAAAGCGAGUUGCCAAGAGACGGCAGUUAACUGGUGAUGGAGGGAGCCGGAGUGUUGGAUAAAAGUGCGCGAGUGUUGCAGGCCCAUGUGCGUGGAUUUCUUACCCGCCACAGAUUACAAAAUGUACGGGAAGACUAUUCGGCCUUGGUAAAUGAAAUUGAAGGAGAAGAAACACUUCUGCACUGGGGGACAAAUGUUUUCUCUAUACCUCGUUUUAUCCGAGAGGAAAAACUUCAGCAAAAGUUGGUUCAAGGACCUUUAAAUGGUGAUUCAAAGGAUGCAUCAUCAGUUCAAGUUGCUGUGAUGUGUGAACAUCCUGAUGCAUGCCACAAAGAUCAUGAAUACCUCCAGAAGGCCAAUCUAGGCGACAGCCUAACAAUAAAGGAAAAAGAAGAGAACCGAAUGCUCGAAAGCAUCUCAACAAAGUGUAAAAGCUCAUUACUUACAAAUCCGGAGAGUACUGUGGCUGGUUUUGAUUCAGAGACCGAGAGAUGCAUAAUAAGCACAAAAUCAGACAAAGAUAUUGCCAGUAUGGCUUUACAAAUAGGAAGUAGUGUCGAACAGGGAGAUUCUGAGAAAAGUUGUUCAAAGAUUAAUUCUGACAAAGACAGAGAGCAGACUGCGAUUAAACAUAGAGGGACUGAAUCUACAGCACAUAAAGGUCAGAGCCUAGAAUGGAGCACCAGCAGCUGGAUAUGGAGGGGCAAAGUCUUAGAUAAAGGAAUUCCCUUUGAAAAUCUGAGUGAGCUGCGACAGCAUCGAAGCCACCUGGCCAUGGAGAUGCUAUGGGUGCAGCAAGCAAUUGCUAGCCGUAAGAAUUAUCUAAUGGUUAGACAAAGGAUGGGCAUAGUGGACAGAUGAGAAGAACAUCAUUUAUGCAGCCAACCGGUCCCCCAGUAUUACAGCUGAAAGUGAAGGAUUUGCCCGAUCUACACUCCUGCUCCAGACACAGCAAAUUCUGAAUACUUCUCCAAAUUAUGGGGACUAUUAGACAGUUUUGCAAAAAUUAUAAUAAAAAUGCUAUAUAUUUUGUUCAUAUAAUUGUGAUAUUUAUUUAUUUGUUUGUAUAUUUUGAUACCUUUAAUAAAUAUGGGAUUAACCUCUGCGUGUAAUUCAUAAACUGGA